AUGGCGUAUGCUUAUUGGAAAAGUGGCAAACACCAAGGUGAAUCUACGUUUGACCUCUUUUUUCGCAAGAAUCCAUUUGGUGGUGAAUUUACAUUGUUUGGUGGCCUCGAAGAGUGUUUAAAAUUCGUACAAAAUUACAAAUUUCAAACAUCCGACAUUGAUUAUCUUCGCAAAGCGUUACCCGAAUAUAUCGAAAAGGAAUUUUAUGAUUUUCUAUCGACAAUCGACAUGAAUGAUAUUAAAAUUUAUGCAAUGCCUGAAGGCACUGUGGUUUUUCCUCGCGUGCCGUUACUUCGUAUCGAAGGACCUAUUCUAAAAGUGCAACUGCUCGAAACAACUCUACUGACACUAAUCAAUUACGCUAGUCUAGUAGCAACGAAUGCCGCUCGAUUUCGUGCGGCAGUAGAUUCGAGUAAAAAGUUUCACGAAUUCGGUCUACGACGCGCACAAGGUCCAAAUGGAGGUCUUAGCGCCUCAAAAUAUUGUUAUUUAGGUGGCUUUGAUGGUACGUCCAAUGUACUAGCUGGUAAACUUUAUGGAAUUCCUAUUCAAGGAACACAUGCACAUGCUUAUGUUAGUUCAUAUGAAAGUCUUGAUGAAUUGAAAGUUCGAGAAUUAUCUGAUCGAAUCACUGGUGAAUCACGUCCAUUUGCACAAUUAUGCUUGAAAUAUCUCGAUGAACUUGGUCCUAUACUCAAAAUAUUUCCUGAUCAAACUAGCAAAGGUGAAUUAGCUGCAUUUGUUGCCUAUGCUAUCUCGUUUCCUUCUGGCUUUUUGGCUUUGGUCGAUACGUACGAUGUUCUCAAGUCUGGUGUUCCGAAUUUUUUGGCUGUUACUCUUGCAUUACACGAUUGUAAUUAUCAAGCACUUGGUCUUCGUUUGGACUCUGGCGACUUGGCCUAUUUAUCGAUGGAAGUACGAGCAAAUUUUAUUGAAGUCGCUCAAAAAUUCAAUCUACCUUACAUCGAACAUUUAACUAUUGUGGCAAGUAAUGAUAUCAAUGAGGAUACAUUGCAUUCAUUGGGAAAACAAGAACAUGCAAUUGACGUAUUCGGUAUUGGAACACAUUUAGUUACAUGUCAAAAACAACCAGCACUUGGUUGUGUCUAUAAAUUAGUUGAAUUGAAUGGAACACCACGCAUCAAAGUAAGUCAAGACAUCGAAAAAGUAACGAUUCCUGGUCGAAAAAAUCUUUAUCGAUUCUACGAUAGUCAUGGUUUAGCUCUAUGUGACUUGAUGACUACAGCUGAUGAACCAGAACCAAUAGCCGGAACUCGAAUGCUCUGUCGACAUCCAUUUUUUGAGACGAAACGUGCCUAUGUUACACCAACAACGGUACAAUGUAUGUAUAGAUUAUAUUGGGCCGAUGGUCAAAUUCAACAUGCACUUCCAACAUGGCAAGAAGUUCGUAGUUAUGCCCAACAACAAAUCGAAACAUUGCGUAAAGAUCAUCGACGCAAUCUGAAUCCGACACCGUACAAAGUCUCUAUUACCGAUCGUCUCUAUAAGUUUUUACAUAAACUCUGGGUGCAGAGCGUACCAAUUGGUGAACUUGCCUAA